CUGAAGAAGAAGCAGAAGAACCGCGCAGCCGCCCAGCGCAGCCGGCAGAAGCACACGGACAAGGCGGACGCCCUGCACCAGGUGGGGGAUGCCUUCCCUUCCCUACCCUGACUCCACUUUCCUGGCCUGGCCACCUCUCCUCCAUCCCUAUCUCCACGCCUGUGAGCGGCUCUCCCUCCACUGCUGUAUGUUUCCAGGUCGCCUGAGCUUGAGAGAGGUGCUGAGUACAAACUGUGCCAGACCUGCGCUGGGCUCUGGGGACACAAAGGUGUGUCCGCGGCCCAGCCCUGCCCUUGAGGCACCCGGGAUCUAGGGAGAGGAGACAAGCACUCACCCUAUGAGAAACUCGUUCAGGGUUAAGAUGGGCUGCUUUAGAGUCCCAGCCAUGGCACUCAUAGCUACAAGUCACUUCCUUCGCUGAGCUUCACUGUCCUCAUCCAAAAACGGGGACCAUAAUCCCUGCCCACUGGCAGGACCCUUGUGGCGACUAAAGGAGGCAAAGGAGCCCAGUGGGGUUGGGGAGGGCUCCACUGUACUUGCCUCUUAACCUUGGAUGGUAACUUGACCUUGGAUGGUAAGCUGACCCUUGGAGCUUUUCUUCUUCCUCUGUGGCAGAGAGAAAGGACAUCACCGGUUCCAUCCCAGGGAAAGGAUUCAGAGCUGGGCUCAGGACCUGGCCCUUGGGAAAAAUGCUUACACCUUAGUUCUUACAGUGCAGAGUGAAAUUCUACAGCCCUGCCUGCCAAAGGCCCUAUGCUGUCUCCUCCCCUAACACCCCACACCCUGUUCUCCCUGUUCCUUCAAUGGCCCCGCACAUCCAGCCCAGGGGCUCUGCAGAGACUGUUCCCUCUAGCCUCAGGCCACAGUCCGGCUAGAUCCUCACUUCUUUCCGGUUGUUUGGUUUAAAUGUCACCUCCUCCGAAGGGCCUUUCUAAACCACAUGAUCUAAAGAGCCGGCUACCUGUACUCUGCUCUAUUCUUCUUGUUAGCCCUGAACUUACAUGUUUGAGGUCUAUUGCUCGUCUCCCUCACCGGACUAGAAGCAGCAUGAAGGCAGGGAACUAUUUUGUCCUCUGCUGUUUCCCCAUCACCUGGAGCAGUGCCCGACAAAUAGAAGGAACUCAGUCGUGCCCUGUGGAGCGGAUGAUGGAAUCGGGAUAAAGUGCUCUAGGAGCACAAAGUGGGGACAACACACAGGCAGUGACAUCAGGGUGAUCAUGGAGAUGGAGUCUGAGCUGGUGUUGAAGGAUGCAUAGGAGUUUUCCAAACGGAUGAAGCACGAGACCCUGGAGAAACACAACCACGUGCUGCGGAAGGAGAUCCAGGCCCUGCAGGCCGAGCUGGUGUGGUGGAGCCGGACCCUGCAUGCGCAUGAGCGCCUGUGCCUCAUGGACUCUGCCACCUGGUUGGCUCCAGUGACCCCUGGCUGCUGGGGCCAGACCGAGCGGCCCCCGGACCCCAUGCUCCAUGGACAACAUGGCUGCCGGGAGCAGCGGGGCCUGUUUCAGACCUCAGUCUCUUCUCCCUCGGCUCACCGGCUCUCUCCAGAUCCACAGCCUCAUAGUUCGCCUGGCCUCCCCCUGUCCCCUCUGCCUUCUCUGUCCCUUGACUCCACCCAGGUCACUGCACCUCCUGCCCAACUGUCCCCCAGCCCUGUCCAGUCAGCCUCGCCCACUGGCUCCAGCCUGCCAAGGCCUUCCUCCAAGCUCGACACCCUCCUGCCCGGUCCCCCGGCCCAACCCACCCUUCUACAGCCCCUUGUGUUGGAGCACCCCACCAGAGGGAAGCUGGGGUCCUCACCUGACAGCCUCUCAACUGCUCUGGGGCUGGCCUGCCUGCAGGGUGGGGAGCACAAGCCUGCGGCGUUAUCCGCAGCAGAUCAGCAAGGGCUGGGUGUGGAUUCCAGCCCUCUCCCACUCUUGGCUUUCCCCCUGCUCUCCUCUGCUCAAGUCCACUUCUAACCCAUCCCUGGGAGCCGAGCUAGCCCCUUCCUUGGGCUGAAGUAGCAGCCUCAGCACACAGGCAUCUCCUCCUUUACCAUUGGAGUUGCCUUUCUUGGCUGACCAGCUGGCCCAGCAUUUCACCAGGAAGAGAACGUCAUCACUGCUGCCCAGCACUGCCAGGCCCUGUCACCGCCAUUAUCUUAUUUCAACUUCAUGGUCAUUCUGCAAAAUCCAGAUGAUCACACCACUUUUUUAGAUAAGGAGACAGAGGCCAGAGAAGCCAUGUGACAUGCCCAAGGUCACACAGCCUUUUUGGGGACCUGAAACACCACCAUCUGUUCCUCCUUCUCCUGGUGGGAUCCUGGCCCGGGCACCCUAGGAGUUGAAGUCCUAGAAACUGGGGGCUGGUGUGAGGUUUAUGUGCUGGGAACGGGAAGGAGCUCUUUCUUCUGGUUUGUGACAGAGCCCUGCAGUUCCUGAAACUUCACCCUAGCUGGGGCUAGUCCAGAGUCCAAGCCUGGAUAGGGAGAGGCCAAGCAGGAGCCCGGAAGUGGACUCUUUCUUCCCUAGCAGUGUUUUCAGUGCCAAGGAGCUGAACCUGUGGGUUGGAGUUGGGGAGAAGCCUGGAACCGUCCCCCCAGGGAUUUCUGCAGGAGGGGCACCCAUAGCCAUACUAAGACCUCUGGGAGAUUCUCCAGGGUCAGCUCCCCAGGCUAUUCCCAAAUGGCUCCCUGCCUCUCCCAGGCAGGAGCUCAGCUGCAGUAUCUACUGGGGUAGGGGUUGGUGGGGGGCUGUGUGUGGGUUCUCACUCAGACUCAGGACAAGCUCUGUAAGGGGCCCGAGAUGAGAAACCCCAAUUCUUCACCCAGAUUUUCACACACAUGUAAACAGACACUAUGCUAGUAUUUAACACACUCCAGGAUGCUGAGCACAAGUCUCGGCACACAUGUUAUGGUAAAUAAAUUAAAACGUUUUCCAAUU